CGACGCGUGGACGGCGCUGAUGGCGGCCAGAACCUCUUGGGCGUCUUGGUCACACACGGCCAGGCUGAGAACCUCCAGGCCCCGGCACUCCUGCAGCAGCUGUGUGCCGGCACCACUUAGGUGACCCGUGAACCACUGAAGAAGCAGUUGACCAAAAUAAUAAUGACAGAAGUAAGACUAAGCUUUGAAGAAAGAACAUCUGUCAUUAAGUGUUACUUGAAGCAGGAAAAUGUCAAAGAAGUGCAAAGACAAUUCAGAAGACACUUUGACAGGGAUCCACCAAGGUGACGCGUCAUUGCUCGCAUCACAGCUAAUGACGAGGAGGGCCUCAGGAUGCAGGGGCCUUUCCGCAAGCCCAAUGAUGUCAUCUACGAGGUGAUAACUGGAGAGAUGAUCUGGAAGAAGUCUCUCCAGACACACGGCAGUGCUGGUCCCUCAGGACUAGACGCUAGAGGGUGGCGUCGCCUGUUGAGCGGCGCACUCUGUGGCAGCGCCGCUAACGACCUAUGCGGCGCCCUGGCAGCACUGGCGAGGAAGCUUGCCACCACAAAUUGUCACCACGUCGAGGCUCUCACCGCAUGCCGAUUAAUCCCACUGGACAAAAAGCCGGGAUGCAGACCAAUUGGCAUCGGCGAGGUGAUAAGACGCAUCGUGGGUAAAUGCGUCAUGACGGUGGUCAAGGACGACGUAAGGAGGGCAGCGGGGAACCUGCAAGUAUGUGCAGGACAGCAGGCAGAAGGGGAAGCCGCCAUCCACGCUAUGAGGGAAAUGUUCAGUGAAGACAAUUGUGAAGCGGUGUUAUUAGUGGACGCCAAAAACGCUUUCAACACUAUUAACAGAAAAACAAUGCUUCACAACAUUCGAGUAAAAUGUCCCUCUCUGGCACAAUAUGUAGAAAACACAUAUAGUGACCCCUCGGAUUUGUACAUAUGUAGUAAUAGUGGUAAUAGUGUUAAGGUGCUAAAGUCCAUGGAAGGGACAACACAAGGUGGCCAUGGCGAUGUACGCCCUCGGACUUUCAGUGCUGCAACAAGUUAUCUCAUAUGAGAAAACGAGUGUGAAGCAAGUGGCGUACGCGGAUGACCUGUCAGGGGCCGGCAAAAUAACAGACUUGAAAAAAUGGUGGGGCUUAGUGAACGACAAUGGUCCCAUCAUAGGGUACACACCCAAUGCCGCUAAGUCCGUCCUUAUUGUAAAGCCUGAACACUAUGACAGUGCAGUGGAUAGCUUCAGUGGCAGUGGAGUUAUAAUAACAAAGGAUGGACAACGGCAUCUGGGUGCUGUCAUCGAAACAGAGGAGUUCAAGAAGGAGUACAUAGGAGAAAAGGUGAAGGAGUGGAUACAUGAGGUGGAAGUCCUGUCUGACAUGGCCAGGACUGAGCCUCAUGCAGCCUACUCCGCCUACACCCACGGCUUGCAGCAUCGAUGGAGAUUCGCCAUGCGCACCAUCCCAGGCAUCAGCCCUCUCCUUGCACCACUGGAGGUCUCGAUAAGGAACACCUUCCUCCCAGCGUUACUGAGAUACCACACCAUCGGAGAUGGGGAAAGGGCGCUGCUCGAACUUCCACCAAGACUGGGCGGGAUGGGAAUCACCUCCCCUGAGAAGUUGGCGACUGUGGAGAACCUCAACUCCCUCAAGCUCACCAGGUCCCUCACAGAGAAGAUCAUUGCUCAGGACGCACAUGGUGAAAUAGCCCAAAGUGCAGUCACUGAGCAAGGACGAAUUAUAUCUAGAGAUAGGCAACAACAUCAACGAAACUGUCUCGAAGACCUGAUAAACAUCCUGCCUGCAACCACAGUGAGAAAAAUCCUCACUGCACAGGAAACGGGAGCCUCUAACUGGCUAACGUCACUGCCGAUCAGAGCGAAGGGCUUCAGCCUCAACAAACAAGAAUUUGUCGACGCCAUUGCUCUGAGGUACGGCUGGCCGAUGGAAGGACUCCCCAGUACCUGUGUGUGUGGCUCCCCCAAUGACGUCAACCACACCAUGACGUGCAAAAAGGGGGGAUUCGUAUGUAUCAGGCACGAUGAGGUGAGAGAUCUGACCGCCAGCAUGCUCAGGGAGGUGUGCCACGAUGUCUCCACUGAACCGACCCUCCUGCCGCUAGACGGCGAGCACCUGCGCUACAGAACAGCCAACACCACCAACGAGGCUCGAGUCGACGUCAGUACACGAGGGUUCUGGACAAGGGGACAGAAAGCAUUCGUGGACAUACGGAUCUUUGACCCGAUGGCCGCCUGUCACCACGAACUCUCCCUGGAGGCCGCCCACCGCAAGAAUGAGCAGGAGAAGAUCCGAGCGUAUGGGGAGAGAAUCCAACACGUUGACCAGGGCAGCUUCACACCUCUGGUCUUCACCACAUCUGGCGGGAUGGGCUCCAAGGCUCAGUGCUUCUACUCAAGACUAGCCGACCUAAUGGCAGAAAAGAAGCACCAGCCAAGGAGCCAUGUCGUCGCAUGGAUGAGGUGCCGUCUCUCAUUCUCCCUCCUCAGAUCUGCC